AUGAGUGCCCAUGUCGUGGUGAUCGAUGCGACAGCCAGGCGGGCAACAAUCAAGACUACCCCCUCCAAACAUUUGACCGAUAUCCUACAGGAAGCAUGCUCGAAGCUUGGAUAUAAUGCUAGUCAAUACUCCCUGAAACAUAACCGUAAACAGCUCGACCUUUCUCUUUCCUUCCGCUUGUCUGGUCUCAGUUCUGGCGCCAAGCUCGAGCUUGUUCAACUUUCCCGCUCUCCAUCGGUUGUCACUGUUGGCUUGCAACUGCCCGAAUCCGAGGCUCGUGGUGCUCCAAACGGCCGCAUACUCGACAAGUUCCCAAGUACAACCACCCUCUGGUUAGUACUACGGAAAUUCGAAGCGGGAGUUGCGGGGAGUGGUCCGGCACGGAACUUCACAUCACGCGCAGUGCCCUCAGCCGACGGAGAUGUCGCCGGCCGACUGUACUAUGAGACUCCUGUGCUCCAGAUCAUGGAACGUGAAAUAUCGAGCUUCACAGAUCUACAAAAGACCCUAGCCCAGCUAGGCUUCAACAGUGGCAGCGUGCUUAUUCGUCUUAGUUUCCGACGAACAGAAGAGCCUAUUGAAGAAGCCAUGGCUAAAAUUGGCGAGUUCUUCAAGUCUUCGGAGGACGAGACUCCCUCAGCGCAGGCUCCAAACGCAGCACCUGCAGCGACACCCGCUGCUAGCGCAAUUGAGGAGCCCGUCCCAGUUCCGCAGUCAUCCAGCGCAUUGCAGCCUGGAUCCUCAAACGUUUCCGCGGCCGCGGACGAGGCUGCUCCUCCCCUACCUGUCCCCGAAUCGGCGGCUCCUACAAUCGAUCCCGGCCGGCAUAUUACUGUCUUCUCUCCUCCAUCGGAAGACACUCCAUCGUCAGCAAGAAUAGCCUAUAAUGAGAGUGACUACAUACCCACUAUCGAGCACGCAAAGCUGCACCAGCGAUUACUCAAUGAAUCCUCUCGUCCCAAGCGACUGCCAACGGAUGCCGAAAUCGCCGCCAAAGCAGAGGCAGAAGCGGCGAGGAAGGCAGCGAUACAUGAGGUCGAUGUGAAAAUCCGUUUUCCAGAUCAAAGCCAAGUGGUGGCCAAAUUUGGCCCAUCAGACACAGGACAGUCGUUGUAUGACUUUGUGCGCGGGUGUCUUGCUCCGCCGUUCGCCAGUGAAAAGUUCAACAUUACUGUCCACGGUGUGUCUCGUUCCCAACAUCCGAGCAUUAUACCUGUCUCGGAUAAGAAGCGUCUGAUCAAAGACCUCGGGCUCGCUGGACGUGUACUUGUCAAUUUCUCUUGGGCAGAUACUGCUGCCUCCUUUGUUCAUGAACGCCGUGCAGAAACUCUACGCCCCGAGCUGCGAAGCCAGGCUCAACAGCUCAAGGUGGAGCAAUUACCGGAGCUGAGGGACGAAGAAGACGUGUCGGGUCCUUCACAGCAAGGUCCAAGUAAAGCCCAAGGCGAUAAGCCCAGCGGGGCACGCAAGCCCGGCUCUAUGCCCAAGUGGCUGAAGCUACCAGGCAAGAAAUGA